CUUUGAUGAAACGACUGUUCGAGUUGGCGAAAACAAUGAACUGCAAGAAUAUCGAGCUCACUUGCGUCACUUGCGCAUUUGAACUAAUUUGUGGAACCCGCCAAGCGCGUUGACCUAUUAGAACUCGAGCCCGAAGUAGAAGAUCGCUUUCUGCGGCCUCUACACACGAAUGCUGACAGUUGAAUGCCGUGCGCCGGGUUUAUCGGCGUAGUUCGCUCUUUCGGCGAGUGGGCCUCGAGACGUAUUUUCAGCGCAAUGUCGCGACGAUCCCGGUACUUCGAGAACGCGUACUGCGCGCGCGAAGAGGAGAUUGUGAGUGAUGCGGCGUCGAUGCGGCGUGACGUCGACAACAGUCAGCGCGCUGCGAAAUAUACUCUGCGCGUGUUGCUACAACGUAUCCUCGACAAGGAGCCGUACGAGCACGCGGAAACGGACGGUGGAUUGUACGUCGGUGCGUCCGGUAUCGCUUAUACGUAUCUGCGACUUGCCGAGCGCGCCGCUACAUUGGAGCUCGACGAGGAUAAUCACCUGGCAUUGGCUAACUGCUAUCUGAGUUCGUCUCUGGAGGAGGUGCAGCGCCGCGAGGGGCGCGCCGGUACCGGUUUUCUUCUGGGAGAUUGGGGCAUUCUGGCAGUAGCUGCGGCUCUUGCGGCUGCCGAACGUCGGGAUGAAGCAGCCAACAAGCUGGUGCAACGCUACCUUCAAACGGGAGUGCGCUGCAAGGAAGUAAACUUUCUGAAAUGUGGCUCAGAUGAAUUCUUCGUAGGUCGUGCUGGUUUUUUGUAUGGUGCUCUCUGGCUGAAUCGCACGAUGAAAAAGAAUGUCGUGCCACUUGAAAUGAUGCACGAAGUCGCGCGAACGAUCGUUACCUCGGGCAAGGCGUAUGCGCGAGUUCAUAACGGCCCGUGUCCACUGAUGUAUGCAUAUUAUGGUACGGAAUAUCUGGGGGCAGCGCACGGGCUUUGUGCAAUUCUGCAGGUUCUUAUACAGAUACCAUCGUUUCUGGAUGCCGACCCGGAAGUUGAAAGUACCGUGCGAACGUGCGUGGAUUAUUUCCUAACACUGCAAACAACAACCGGUAAUUUUCCAUGUGCCAUGGAUGAGAUAAAUCGUUCUGGACGAAUGAGGGACGGUGACGAGGAGCUGGUACACUGGUGCCACGGCGCGCCUGGCGUCAUUUAUUUAAUGGCGGCCGCGUAUUUGCGCUGGAAAGAUCAACGUUAUCUGGAUUCGUGUAAACGUGCCGGCGAUCUUGUCUGGCAGAAGGGACUCCUGCGUAAAGGACCGGGAAUCUGUCACGGUGUGGCUGGCAAUGGCUACGUCUUUCUCCUUCUGUACAGACUCACCGGCGAUGAACGUCAUCUCUACCGAGCCGCCAAAUUCGCAGACUUUAUGGAUUCGUCGCAGUUUCAGACGUCCGCGCGCACACCCGAUUCACCAUAUUCGUUGUACGAGGGCAUCGCUGGUACCGUUUGUUUCCUUGCCGAUCUCGUUGAACCAAACAAAGCUCAUUUCCCAUUCCAGGAUGUGUUCUAAACAUCGAGAAAUAAUGGUACAAAAAUUUUGAUUCUUUCCAUGUAUUUAACGAGCGACUCACAGAAAAUAGAUGUAUCAUGACGAACGGUGAUGGAUCCACCAAUUUAUCGGUCUUUAGAGAUCAAGUAUCAGUCGCGCGACCUCUUUAGAUUCGAUAUUACUUGCCUCUGUUUGUUACCUCUUAGCGAUGAGAUAAGGAAACGCUUGAUGUUAAUCGCAGCAGCGAAUUAUCAAUGUAUGACUGGUAUAAUUUGACGAGACGAUUUCUUCUUCCUAAUUUUAACUUUUAAUUUCUUUCUAUGUUCGAGUGCUCGAGAUGUUCGGAUGAAGAAGGAAUCGUACAAUAUUACCAUUUUUCCAAAGUUAUUGUUACGUUUUAGCUGUAUAUCUGUAUAUAUAUAUAUACUAUGUAUGUAUUUAAAUUCUUUGAUAUUAAUUUCAUUUUAUGUAUUCCAA